UCACUUGCUUUUAAUUAUUUUUGGAUUUCUUCUUUAUUUUUAAUGUUAAUUUUGCAAGUCAUUUUAUUUAGAAGAAACAUCUGAGACUAACGGUAAGUUGAAAUUUAAUUGAAACUCUCCUCUAGAAAAACCUUACUAAUUGAGAUGCAGUGUGAAUAUUUAGUAGGCCCUUAACAGUGACCAUGUCGCAUGUAAGUGAUUUGAUUAGAAAGAGUCAUUUGUAUGCAUGCUGCACUGUAGCUGAUGAUGGAGAUAAAAGAGACAGAGAUCAGGUUCUGUGUCUUAAUAAGAGCAGAAGCCUUUCGACACAAGCAGGUUAAAGCAGAUCCUCUAGACAUCCUGAAACCCUGCCAGAUACAAUGUCUCCUCUGUAUGUGGUUGGCAUGCUGGGACUUUUGAUGAAGAUAUCAGCGCCUAUGUGUGCCCCCACUGAGUACACCAUUUACUUCGAGAGACAGGAGUGUAACUACUGUGUGGCUGUCAACACCACCAUCUGCAUGGGCUUCUGCUUCUCCAGGGACAGUAAUGUGAAGGAGUUGGUGGGUCCUCGUUUCCUGGUUCAGAGAGGCUGCACCUAUCAGGAAGUCGAGUAUCGGACGGCCAUCUUGCCUGGCUGUCCUUCAUAUGCAGAUCCUCAUUUCACCUAUCCAGUGGCACUUAGUUGCCACUGCAGCACCUGUAACACCCACAGUGACGAAUGUGCCCACAAAACCAGCAGCGCUGCAAGGAAAUGCUCCAAACCUGUCCGACAUCUGUACCCCGACCCUGAGGAGAACAGUUACAUCCAGCCAUAUUGGGAACAGUACGAGUAAUGUUUGAUCAUUCAUUUCUUGACUAAAACUAAAAAGGAUACUCCACUUUUUGGGAAAUAGGCUCAUUUUACAAUUUUUACCGUUUUUGAAUCAAUUCAGCCGAUUUUCUGAUAUUUAGAAUAAUAUCAGUAACCAGACCGUUUCUGGUCUCAUUGACUUCCAUAGUAGGGAAAAUAUAUGCUAUGGAAGUCAAUGAGACCAGAAACUGUCUGAUUACUGAUAUUCUUCUAAAUAUCAGGAAAUCAGCUGAAUGGAUUCAAAAACGGUAAAACUCAACUGUUUAACUCUGGGGGAGUUGUAAAAUGAGCCUAUUUCCAAAAAAAGUGGAGUAUCCCUUUAAUUUAAAACAAAGUGUGUGUGUGUUGUAGCAGUUGACUGGGUGCAAUUGUUUGUUAGAUAAUCAUUGAGUAACCUCAAGUUACCUAACUCAUUAUGUUUGCUGUAUUUUAAAUCAAGCAUCUGAUGUCUUUAAUGAGGCCAAUAGUGGUUAAAAAAUGGUGUGGUUCAAAUACUUAAGCUUUUAUGGAUAAUAGACCUUCUGCCAACUUUAAUGACGCUUUAACGUUUGAUCGGCAGAGUUUCUAUAAAAAAUUAAAAGUAAAAUCCUUC